GCUGACAGAAGCACAGGCUAAUGAGAUUACAGUGGCUAUUAGCCUCGUGUGAGACGCAGAUCCAGAUCCGACGUGGAUAAUUCUAUGGCGAGGUCUUUAAUAGAAGCUUAGCUCUCCCCCAGUAUUGUAAGACAAACGUGAAGCGCUGCCUCUUGAAAGUACCUUAGCUAUUUUUUUCCCUGCUCCUUUAUAGACCGGUGUGAAAACUAAGUCAUGAAGUCAUGAAGCUACUGUCUAAUGUUUGUUUAGACAUAGAACGUUUUUGGAACACAACAAAAAAGGUGAAGAAGUGACUUCUCUCUACAGUAAGAUUGCUUGCUAAAAUGCUAGCCGACGACGGAAAGGAAAAAUCCACUAAACCUCCAAGUAUUGACUCUAUUCUGAAUGCAACAUCUGAAGAGUAAUUUAAUGGACCAUUUCUGUUAAUCUCACAGAUUCCCCAAGGGGGAGCGUGGCGAUCUCUCAAAUGGGGUGUGACAACGUAACUAACGGAACUUUGCCCGGAGGACCCCCGUACAGCAUUGAGGUCUCAAUUCCCCUAACGGUACUCGUGGGCAUUCUUAUCCUCUUAACAGUAUUUGGCAAUGUCCUGGUUAUUAUUGCAGUGUUUACAAGCCGGGCCUUAAGAGCGCCCCAGAACUUAUUUUUAGUUUCUCUGGCGUCCGCAGACAUUCUGGUUGCCACACUGGUUAUGCCCUUUUCUCUGGCCAAUGAACUGAUGGGCUACUGGUACUUUGGGAAAGUUUGGUGCGAAAUUUACCUUGCGCUGGACGUGUUAUUCUGCACCGCAUCUAUCGCCCAUCUCUGCGCCAUUAGCCUGGAUCGGUACUGGUCCAUCACCCAGGCCAUUGAAUACAACCUCAAGCGAACUCCCCGGAGGAUAAAAGGCAUCAUUUUCAUAGUGUGGGUCAUCGCGGCAGUCAUAUCGUUUCCCCCUUUGAUUACAAUGCAAAAAGAGGCCGCCAAAGAGGAGGGUCCGACGUGUGAAAUCAACAAAGAUAAGUGGUACAUCAUCUCCUCAUGCAUUGGGUCUUUCUUUGUCCCUUGUGUCAUCAUGGUUCUCGUUUACAUUCGAAUUUACCAAAUCGCCAAGAAGAGGACCAGGACCCCACCAGGCAAGAGGAAAAAGAACGAAGCGGACAAGAAACACAAUGGCUUCGAGGAAGAGCACUCCCGCGAGAAAUUAAGCGCAGAAAAGGAAGAGGAGGACAAGGAACGGGUCCAAAAGGGCGAAAUCAACGGUGUUGACAUCGAGGAGUCGUCAUCUUCUGAUCACAAAGUUAAUACUCCCUGCACGAUGAAAAAGAAGAAGGCGAAGGGGAAGACCAAACUCAGUCGAAUCAAACCUGGAGAUAAUAUCCAAAAAAGAGAGGAACGGUUGAGCAAUAAAGGGAGCAGAUGGAAAGGACGUCAGAACAGAGAAAAACGGUUCACUUUUGUGCUGGCGGUGGUGAUGGGAGUUUUUGUAGUAUGCUGGUUCCCGUUUUUCUUCACCUACACACUGACUGCUAUAUGUGAUUCUUGCUGUGUCCCCAAAACGCUGUUUAAAUUUUUCUUCUGGUUUGGGUACUGCAACAGUUCCCUUAAUCCAAUCAUAUACACAAUAUUCAACAAUGACUUUAGGAGGGCUUUUAAAAAGAUACUUUGUAAAGCCGACAGAAAACAAAUCGUUUAA